UUAUUGUUUGUUCACAGGGAUUGUCGCGUGGUGAGAGACCCGCAGACUUUGAAAUCGAAAGGCUACGGAUUCGUCUCCUUCCUGAAGAAAUCUGAGGCGGAAUCGGCUAUCACGUCGAUGAACGGGCAGUGGCUUGGCUCCAGGUCGAUCCGCACCAACUGGGCAACCAGGAAACCGCCAGCGCCCAAGAACGAGCUGAACUCCAAACCGCUCACAUUCGAUGAGGUGUACAACCAGAGCUCGCCGACCAACUGCACGGUGUACUGCGGAGGUCUCACCACCGGCCUCACUGAAGAGCUGAUGCAGAAGACGUUCCAGCCGUUCGGCACCAUCCAGGAGAUACGGGUGUUCAAAGAUAAGGGAUAUGCUUUUAUCAGAUUUUCAACAAAGGAGAGCGCUACCCACGCCAUCGUUGCAGUCCAUAACACCGACGUGAACGGACAGCCCGUCAAAUGCUCCUGGGGUAAAGAGUCAGGAGAUCCCAACAACGCCCCAGGCUCGGGGAAGCUCGGAGGCACCGCGUACAGUCCAUUCGGUGCCGCGUACACCGCUGGUGGGGUACCCCCCACUUCCUAUUGGUACAACACCUACCCGCAGCAGAUCGGCGGGUUCCUGCAAGGCGUGCAGGGCGUCCAGGGGUACACGUACGCUGGACAGUUCGCGGGGUAUCAACAGCAAUAUAUGGGCAUGGGCGGCGUCCAGAUCCCAUGGGCCUUGAGCGGCGGCGUUGGCGGAGUGGGGGGUGUAGGGGGCGCUGCUAUGUCCCAACCACCUCAAGUGCUGCACUAUCCUGUGCAGCAUUUUCAGGUGCAACCUAUCGGGGAGGACGAGUGGCUCGCUCCGAGUCUCCUAGUGUGA